AUGAAUGUCAAGGGAUUGGAGGCCAAUUAUUUAGUCUUCUUCAAGUAUGAAAGGCUACCAAACAUUUGCUACCACUGUGGUUGCUUUGGGCAUGGGGAGAAAGAGUGUCAGUAUACUAAUUGGUUAAGAGCUUAUGGGGAUAAGGAUAAAAAGGGAUCUCAGUGCCAUAAACCAUCUACAGUAGAAUCGCAAGCCUAUGACCCUGAUAAUAAGGUGGUCGGAGAUGAUAGUGGUUCACCGGUAGAGACAGAGUCAACUUUCCAAGGGGUGGCGACCAUUAAGCCUCCAAUCAUGGAAGUGAUGGAAAGCGGUCCCUUGAAGUUAGGUGUUUUCAAAAUUCAGGACUUGGGAAAAAAAGUAGGGAUGGAAGGAGUGGAAGAUACAAUCAAAAUAAACCUCUCCAAUUGCGCCACAAAAGAUCCAUUAAUCGGAGAUUUUCAAAUGGUAGAGGGAAAAAGUUCAAAACAAAUUCUAAAUAGCUUUGGAACCAACUUAUUGGACUACCCAAAUGUUUUAAGCCCAUGUCCAGGUCUGGAUAUAUCUUCCCCAAGCCCACUAAUAGCUAAAGCCCAUAUUGAUAUGAGUUGUGACUAA